ACGAUCAGUGUCGCGUCGUACGUAGAUGGUGACGGUUCGUUGGAAGUGGAUUCAGAGAUCGUGGGAAGCUCACAGGGAGUGUGGAAGUAGAUUUGCAGGUAAAUCUCUUCCUCGCACCCUAAGGGGUGUUGGUGCAUCGAAAAAAGAGAACGACCCAUCGUUUGCGAUUGUAAUUACACACUAUGGCGAAUUUGAGACAGACUCCGCUGACAUGUAGUGGACAUACUAGACCCGUGGUGCAUCUUGCAUUCUCCGAUAUCACUGAAUCUGGAUAUUAUCUGAUUUCGGCGUGUAAAGAUGGCAAACCUAUGUUACGACAAGGAGAUACUGGAGAUUGGAUUGGAACAUUUGAAGGACAUAAAGGAGCGGUAUGGGGUGUUGCAUUAAACCCUCGGGCUACAAGAGCUGCUUCAGGAGCUGCGGAUUUUAAUGCUAAAGUCUGGGAUGCAAUUAAAGGAGAAGAAAUUCAUUCGUUUCAACACAAGCAUAUUGUGAAGUCUGUCAACUUUAGCAUUGAUUCCAAUUAUUUGUGCACAGGUUCUAAUGAGAAACUCGUGCGAAUUUAUGAUCUUAACAAACCAGAUGCAGCACCACAGGUGUUCUCAGGUCAUAAAAAUGGUAUUAGGCAUGUUACGUUUUUCAAUAAUGAUACUGCAUUAAUUACCUGUGGCGAUGACAAAACAUUGAGAGUUUGGGACAGAAAGAGUGGUCAGGAAGUAAGAAGGUUAGAUUUUCCAGCAAUUCCAAAUUCUAUGGAAGUGUCAAGAGAUGGGAACAUUAUUACCACAACUCACUCCAACAUAGUCACCUUUUGGAAUAGCAGAGAAUUAACCAAGUUACGUGAAUACACUGCGCCGACGCAAAUGAAUAGUGCUAGUUUGCAUCCAGAUUGUAGUAUUUUUGUAUGUGGAGGAGAAGACUUAAAAAUGUACAAGUUUGAUUACGCUACGGGUACAGAAAUUGAAUCAUUCAAAGGCCACUUUGGUCCUGUACAUUGUGUACGUUUCUCACCAGAUGGUGAAUUAUAUGCUAGCGGUUCAGAAGACGGCACCUUGAGAUUAUGGCAAACAACCGUUGGCAAAACAUAUGGUCUUUGGCGAUGUAUAGAACAAACGCCUGCAAUACAAGAGAAUACUGCUGUGCUGAAUAAUAAACAAGAAGUUCCUGCCAGUUAAAAAUCUAAUGAUUUACAAAUAGUGCAAAGUACUUUAAAUGAAGAAAAAGAAAAGAACGGAACAAACACUUCAUUUAUAGAUGUGUGUAAAUGAAGCGACACAGAACGAAUUUUCAUAACGACUCGUGUUGGAAUUGUAUUUAAUCGGCUGAUGUCUACCAUAUGUUUUGUAAAUAUCAGAUCUGUAUAAUCAACGUCUCAAAUCAGCCUAUUAAUUGUGGUAUUCUCGAGAAGACUAAAAAGCGGACCAACCUUCAUUGUAGUCUAAUAAGUCAUGGAAGAGUGGGACGCCUUUCGCUAUUUAUUAUAAAGCAGAAAAAGAAAAAGAAACAUUAACAUUUAUUAACGUUAUACAUGUCACUAUUAUACUACAAAAUUAGAUAGAGGUGUAAUGACAAAAAGAAAGACAUUCAGAAUUAAAUUUUGUGUUCGCAUUUGUUA